UUCCCCAAAAUAACAAAAAAAUAAAUGGGAAGCUGUUCUCUAUUUGUGUCGGCUUUAUUCCUUGUCACAAUCAUCGUUUCGCUCCAAACUGGGCCAGCCAGGGCUUUGACUCUGAGCACCAAGUCGAGAUGGAUUGUGAAUGAGAGCGGGCAUAGAGUGAAGCUGGCGUGCGUGAAUUGGGCUUCCCAUCUCGAUGCCGUGGUGCCCGAAGGCCUUAGCAAGCAGCCCAUAGAAGCAAUCGCGGGCCAAAUCUCGUCGUUGGGCUACAACUGCGUUCACCUCAAUUGGCCUACCUACUUGGUCACUGACGACUCUCUUGCCUCUCUCACCGUGCGAGACUCCUUGAAAAGUCUUGGUCUCACCGAAGCCAUUGCUGGUGUCGAGACUAAUAACCCCUCCAUCAUCGAUUCUUCACUGUUUGAAGCUUUCCAGGCUGUAGUAUCUGCUCUUGGAGAUAAGAAUGUUAUGGUCAUUCUGGAUAAUCACGUAAGCAAGCCCAGUUGGUGUUGCAGUGACUCAGACGGUAAUGGCUUUUUUGGGGACAUAUACUUCGACCCAAACGUCUGGAUUAAGGGCCUCACUCGUAUGGCCAUAUUGUUCAAAGGAGUCAGCAAUGUCGUUGGGAUGAGCUUAAGGAAUGAGCUGCGUGGCCCCAAGCAGAAUGUAGAAGAUUGGUUCAGGUACAUGCAAAGAGGAGCUGAGGCAGUUCACUGGGCAAAUCCAAAUCUUCUUGUGAUCCUCUCCGGUUUGGGUUAUGAUCAUGAUUUUUCGUUCCUGCAAAAUCGCCAGGUUCAGCUCACGUUUUCUGGAAAACUUGUAUUCGAAGUUCAUUGGUACGCAUUCUUUGAUGGAAAGGCGUGGGAAAGUGGUAAUGUGAACCAAGUGUGUAAAAUUGUGGUCCAAAACAUGAAUAGAAUAUCAUUGUUCUUGUUGGAACAAGGAUUUCCUAUAUUCGUGAGUGAGUUUGGGGUAGACCAAAGGGGGAUCAACGUGAAUGACAAUAGGUACCUGAAUUGCUUCCUAGCUACUGCAGCUCAACUCGACUUCGACUGGGGUCAAUGGACAGUCGUUGGGAGUUACUAUUACAGGGAAGGUGUUAUUGGGAUGAGCGAGUAUUAUGGAGUCUUGAAUGAUGAUUGGAGUGAGGCUCGAAAUUCAAGUCUCGCACAGAAGAUCUCUUCUAUACAAUACCCUUUUCAAGGUCCAGGUUUAUCAGAAGUUCGAAAACACAAAGUAAUUUUCCAUCCAGCAACAGGUCUAUGUGUUGUGAAGAAAUCUUUGCUUGAACCAUUAACACUAGGUCCUUGCUCUACCUCUGACUAUUGGUACCAUUCACCUGAGAAGAAAUUGACAAUUAAAGGAGCCUUUUGCUUACAAGCAGUUGAAGUAGGAAAACUGACACAACUUAGCAUUAAGUGCACUGAUUCUGAUUCAAAAUGGGAACCCACCUCGGAUUCUAGGUUGCAACUCUCUGCUAAGACGAGCAGCGGUGAUAGUGUUUGCCUAGAGGUCGAUUCUUCAAAUAAUGUCGUCACAAACACUUGUAAAUGCUUGAGCAUUAAACAUUCGUGUGAUCCUUCAAGCCAAUGGUUCAUACUUGUUGACAGCACCAGGAAACCAAGGUUAUUUUAGGCUUUUCCUAUAAGAUGAGGGACCUGAUCAUUGAGUUUUCGACUGAGGAUUCAGAGUGGGAGUCUUUGACAAAUAUCUCAAAUACUAAAAGAUUUGUAAGGAAGUAAAAUAAGAAUUAUAUUAUAUUGAAUUGAAAGAUAUUUCAUUCUUGGUCUUGAUUUA